AAAGUUAAAAGUGAAAUUUUCGCAUAAAUAGAUGUGAUAUGUCGGAGUUUAAAAUAUGCACGUGAUAGCAGGCCCGAACGAAGCUCGAGCAUGUGACAGUGACUUAGCCUCUCCUGCAGGCCUACACAGGGCCUACAUAGUAGCAGCUAUACUAUAUGUAGUAGCAGCCAGGCAGCCUCCUAUAGCAGCCUAUAGCAUACCGAGUCCUGCCAGUGGCCACGCAGUGUCAGGCAGUGUCCGGAUUUGCGAUUGCCUCAUCAAUGAUAGCCUGGAACCAACUCGAGCUAACGGUUUUCGACAAGAUUUCUCCUGUUGGAAGUUUGGUACCGAAAAAUAUAAAAGGGGGAUACCAAGGGUCUAAUUCUCUUUGUACCUUCUGCUAUCUUCACUACCUUCGAACCAUUACAAAGAUACCGUAUCAUCAUGAUGUUGGUGAACUGUGGGUGUUAUUCCACCAAAAGAGAAUAUAGGGCAUGGUGCAUGAUAUCAUGUAACAAGACGAACUUCCCACUUACCACCAUGUUCGAAGCCUUCCCCAGCCCAUUCCAUGAUGUCUUACACACCAACUACGCUGCCUCUGCGACCGAAACUCAGGCAAUAUAUGCACUCCUCGCUGCCUCUUAUGAAGAGUUGUCAAACCUCGCCGAGGAGAUUGAUUGUGCGCAGAAAACACUAGACAGAUUCGUCUCCCAGCAUACCCUGCUCAAAGCUCAUGUCGAUGCUCAUCUCGCCCUCACUUCCCCGUUUCGACGACUUCCUCCCGAAAUUAUAUCCGAGAUAUUCAUUCAAUGCCUCCCUACUGAUCGAAAUCCAACGCGAAGCUUGACUGAGGCGCCGCUCUUGCUGACGAUGAUAUCGAAGGAUUUGAGGGAGUUGGCGCUAUCUAUUCCGCAGCUCUGGACCAAUAUACACGUGCACUUGCCGCAAUGUCCUUCGAACGGGCAGGUAGAUAUCGACGAAAUGGAUGCCCUCAUUCAUCGUCGCAGGGAGGGCAUCGAGGCGUGGCUAAAUCGGUCGAGAUGUUUGCCAUUGUCAAUUUCCGUUCACCUGUCGGGCUAUGGUCGACUUACAGGCUCGGACUCGGCAUCACACAUAUCCUUUUUGAAAUCUAUUGUUGCCUUCGCUCCUCGAUGGAAACGUAUACAGCUACAUCUCAGUUCAUUCUUUGUAAAUUUACUGAAUACGCUGGUGAAUGAUUUAAAGCCGGAGGAUGUUCCGUGGCUUGAGAGCGUCGAAAUAUUCUACAAUUCAGGUGUGGAAAACGGGAGAGCGUCCGCCGGCGUAUAUCCCUCUUACACUGGCAAUCAUAAACCGCCACUUAUUCCCUUGAACGACCUCAUCAUUCGUGCGCCAUCGUUACAAUCGUUCGCGGUCCACCACCAUACUCAAAACCUGCAUCAACUUCAACUGCCUUGGAGCAAUCUUACCGACCUCACCAUGCAAUCUCGCCGCGGAGGUUCCCGACUUACUCUGGAUCAAACCAUUCACGUUCUCGCGAGCUCACCAAAUCUGUCGACUUGUACCCUCGGUGUCAUGCUUACUUCUAAUGACUCUGGGUUCGAAGUGCCUGACGACGUUACGUUGAAUUCCCUGCGCGCUCUUUCAUUGUAUUUCUCGUUACCGCCUUCUGACGAUGAUGACAAUCUCCCCGCAUCAGAUGUAGAAAACCGAUUCCAUAGCCUCUUCAGCGUCAUCCGUGCUCCGUUGCUCUCUAAGCUUGCUUUCAUUGCUAAAGGUUUCGAGUUUCGAAGAGGACUCGAUUAUAUCCCCUUUCAACCUUUGCUCAAACGGUCUGGGUGCAAGUUGGAAGACUUGUAUUUCUCGUGCCCAUUAAAAUCCCAAGAUGUCCUGAUCAGUUGUCUGCGAACGCUUCCGACUGUAACCCAUAUCUAUUUAGAAUCAUGCACGCCUUCUCAGAAUCAUUCUUUCGACAUCGAAUGGUCCCCGACUACUAUUCAGAUCGUGGACGAUAUCUUCAUCGGUCAUGGAAUGCAAGCACGUCUCGGAAGAGGCACUCGUGUCUUUUGCCCAAUCUCGCGCUAAUGGAGCACCGCGAUGCGCAACGGGGGAGAUUACUCGUUUAAAACUAUUGGACGUGCGAUUUCCCCGUUCCAGAACCAAGCCUGCAGCAAAUAGCACCGAUGCCUCGCUCUCGUCAAAAAUAGACCAGCUUCAUAGCGAAGGGGUUGUUGUGAACUGGAAGUAUCCCGCACCGGAGAUUAUGCCUUCUACUCCGAUCCCCGAUUCACCCUGGGAAGGGCUUCCGACUUCUCCGUACUCUGGAUGGGAUCCGGAAUUUCUUUCGAAACAUGUUCGCGACUAACGAAUCAUAGACUUUUUCUUUACUUAGGGCUUUGGAAUUCGACGGAUUGUUUAACUUUGUACAUACAUGUAACUCUCGUGGAAAUGGUUGUUGUACUACGUGGCCUCGUCCUUUUUUCAGAUAUCCCAUGAACUCAUCUACAUACAUAUAUGGUUCAUUAUAUACCAAAUGAUUAGAAUGCA